GUACUCUCUAGGAAGUAGACUACGCAACAUACUUGUCAAGUCUUGUGCUCGGUGUUCAGUUUGGUGCCCUUUGCGUUUAGAGGAACGUUGUGAGCGGAUCAAAAGUUAACCUUCUCUCUGAAGGACAUGAUACUGUUAUAUGUGACCGUUUCCUGCCUCUUGCUUGGUUCAUCUGCUGGUCUCAAGCAUGAAACGGAGUGCUAUGGCAAAAAUUUUGCAUUACCAUUUUCUUAUACACCACCUGUUUUCCGUGGUCCAUUGUACUUCACUCCAAAUGGGGGAUCCAGGAGGCUAAUGAUGGAUAAUGGGGAGGCAAAGGACCCACGCCUUAAAGUUUCCACUAUUUCAGCUAAAUUAACAGAUUUGACAGAAAAAGAUGCCGGAAUAUUCUCCAUCUCAUUUGAUGAUGAUAAACUUCACGAUGUCAUCAAACUGGAAAUUUUGGAUUGUGCUGCAGAUGAGACGAGGACUUACGGGGAAAGGUUCUCCUAUGAUAUUCCUAGAGAGGCUGCAUUUUUGGAGUUCACUCCCCUUGACAGUGAGGACCGGCCAAAGGUCCUGUGGAACCGCACCGACCCUCAGACCAAUAAGGGAGGCAGAGGACAGGUGAAGCGUAAUGUGUGGGAGAUUAUGAACGUAAAUCAGGGAGACAUGGGCCACUACAACUUCAGAAGAAAAGACAACACUUUGCUGUCGAGGAUAAAGCUCACAGUACAAGAGGGAUUUAGACAGUAUGAUACAAAGGUGGACAAGCGGCUCCUCAUCGAAAAUCCUCUAGGUGAUGUGCCGAUGACUGUGACUUUUACACCUGAGGGGGAAAUGAAACACUACACAUUGAUGAAAGCAGGCCUUCUGGUUGAAGAUGAGAUGGACUCUAUGCCUUGGACUUUUACACGGAGGAUUUUGGUUGUGCAAGAUGGCAUAGAGAUUGAUCCUGUGGAAAGCACAGACUCUGGGACCUUUGAGUUCAGAGACCCGCAAGGUCACCUGGCCCUGACUGCGCAGGUGGUGGUAAAACGUGUUGUUAUAUCUCCAGCUCCUGCCGUUGGUUAUGGUACUUCUAUUUUUGGGAUUUUGUUUGCGGGGAUUAUCUGCCGUUGCUGUGUGAAAAGCUGCUCUAAAGAGAGCUCUUCUAAAAGGAACAAGUCUGCUCCUCAGACUGCAGGUGCACAUGCACGGGCACCUGCACCUGCACCUGCACCUGCUGUCUAUAACCAUGAUUCGGAUCGAUCUGGAGGCCCAAUUUACUCUGCUGCACCUGGUUCAGGUUACUCUCAUCAGCCAUUGAAUUCUGGAGGACCAACAUCUAUCUUAACUGAGCCAAUGGUACACAACCCAUUGCAAAUCCAUGUGAGCUCCCCUCAGCCUGAGGUUGACCCUCUAGGAGGGCAGACAGACGAUCCAGCUCUUUCACUCGGCUUUGAUUGUCUCUCGUCGGACCCUGAGCCAAAGUUUGAGCUGAAACUGCCCUCUGCUCCCCCCCUCAGUUCAGAUGCAACUUUCAGUGAUGUUUACACCUCAGAUAAACUCAACUUUCUGUAAGUGCACAGAAAGUUCGAGAAAUGCAGAGUUGCAUUGAGCAUUCUACCUCUACUGACAGCCAUUUCAGUCUUUGAUUGAAAUGUGUGGUAUGCACACAUAAAAAGUCUAAGAUGAUUCCUGAGUACUUGACAAUGUCAACCUCACUGAUUACCUCUUUUUUUUUUAAAUUUUUACCUUGAAUCUGCACUGUGUAUCUCAUAGCAGCAGAGGGUAGGAGUAAUACAGAGACAUAAAUCAAUUUAGGUUGAGUUUUGCAUAUGAUGAAGGUAUUUUUUCUCAGGUAAGGAAGAAGAAAGCUCACUCAGAGCUCCUUAGCUACUGUAGCUACUGUUAAUUGUCAUGAUCAGGAUUUCUGUGUAAUAUAAAUGUGUGAUACACAUUCAGGUAAUAUUAAAUGUAUCAUGUACACUGAGCCUUUCUCCUGUUGCUAAGGUUACCAUAGGUAGGAGAGAUGAUGUCACAAUGAGGUCUAAAAGCUAGUCUUUGUAGCAGAUUUUAGAAAUUAAGGAUUCAAACUGACUCCAACACUCAUGGAGAUCAAACCACUCCACUCUGCAAUUUAAGCCACUGUUACCAGAUUUACUUUUACAGUAUUUUUAUAUGGUUAUUUCAGGCUGAUACUAUGUGCCUCCAGCUUCUUACCUGAAAGUCUCUUUGUAGUUUUUAUCAUUACAUUGUGAGAAAUUAUAUAUGAUGUUUCUAUUUUCUUUUAUUCUGUAAUAAUGUAAGUUCUACAUCUGGAAUCUUUUUUUUUUAAAUUGUCUUUUGUGUCUUAUUAGAUUUUUACUUAUAAUAUCCACUUUUGGGAUCUUGCAGGGUCCCUAAUUUAACACUAAGUUUGACUAAAACAUUUAGCUAAAGGUACAUACGUGUACUUUUACUCAAGCAGAAUUUGACUGCAUGGAUGUUUACUUUAAUGAAGUAUUUCUGCAUUGUGGUAUUGCUGCAUUUACUUGAGAAGAAGAUCUGUAUAUGAAUUAUGAAAGGCAUCUCUAGUAGUGUGAACGUAUAGUUAGCACAGAAGAUAUUAUGAUUAUAUCCUGUAUAUGUCCAGGUUUAUUAGGCCUACUUACUCACCUCACGUACUUGCAAAAUGAUUAGACAUUUUAAUGUACUUUAGUCAAAGAAACUUAAUCAUGCUAGAAUAUAAAAUGUAUAGAUGCAUGUUUAAAUAAUGGAAGUGUCCUACAUUUGGAAACUGUUACACACUAUCUUUUGGUGCAUAUUUGUAGAUAAGCUCUGCUUGUGGCUUCAAGAAACUGCCCCAAUCAUUACACCAAGAAAUCUAUGAGUAAUUGUUCUAUUAGUUACAAAUAUUUGUCUGCAUUAUAUGUAAAGAUAUGUAACUGUGUGUUGACUUUGAAAAGUUUUUUUCUCCUCGUUUUUUGAAAGCUAAAUAAUUUGUCUCACUGGCUGUAAUUUUGGUUAUCCACGUAUAGUAUACUUCCACUGAAUCUGCUUAUAGAUUGGUGUGUCACACCCCUGCAGCAAGACACUUUUUAAUUGUAGUAUAACUGUUGGGGAUCCUGAGUGAAAUAAAGGCCUGUUAUGGCAUUUUGACCCAC